AUGUCUACCUCGAUUGUCCGUACCAUCAAGAACAUCUACCUGUCCGGGUUAAGAAGAGCCGGCUGGCAAAUACAGAACCUCAACGAUACCAAGAGAGGUACUUUGGUUGGUGAAGAUGACUUCGGUAACAAGUUCUACGAGACCGAUGUCCCAGAAGAAAUCCACUUGAGAACCAGAUGGGUUGAAUACAACACCUGGGGGAUGUCUGUUGACAUGUCCCAAGUCGAGCCAGGUUGGCAUUACUGGUUAGGUUACGGUACCAACACCAGACCUAACCAGUUACAAGGAGACGAGAAGGCUACCAGAGCCUACCCAUUACCAGAGAAGCACAAGCCAAACUUGACCAACAGCGCCGGUGCCUACGUCCCUUACAACACUGCCAGACCUAAGCACACUGCCUGGGCUCCACAAGUCAAAGAAAGAGUUGAAGUGUAA